AUGGCCGCUCUAUUGAAACAACCGUUGAAAUUAGCCCUGGUGCAGCUGGCCUCCGGCGCCGACAAAGCCGUCAACUUGGCCCACGCCCGUACUAAAGCCCUCGAGGCAGCACAGGCCGGGGCCAAACUUAUCGUCCUCCCAGAAUGUUUCAACUCGCCAUACGGAACCCAAUACUUCCCCAAAUACGCUGAGACCCUUCUCCCUUCGCCUCCGACGGAAGAACAAUCCCCUUCCUAUCAUGCCCUAUCGGCCAUCGCUGCAGAGGCCAAGGCCUACCUCGUGGGAGGUAGCAUCCCCGAACUAGAACCUACAACGAAGAAAUACUUCAACACCUCUCUUGUUUUCUCCCCGACCGGCUCGUUAAUAGGCACCCACCGUAAGACCCAUCUAUUCGACAUUGAUAUUCCGGGAAAGAUUAGAUUCAAGGAGAGCGAGGUUCUGUCACCGGGAAACCAGUUGACGAUUGUGGAUCUUCCGGAGUAUGGAAAGAUCGGUCUCGCCAUCUGCUACGAUAUCCGCUUCCCCGAAGCGGCCAUGAUCGCUGCGCGAAAGGGUGCCUUUGCGCUUAUCUACCCGGGCGCUUUCAACAUGACUACGGGCCCCUUGCACUGGUCGCUGUUGGCGCGCGCUCGUGCGGUGGAUAACCAGGUGUAUGUGGGGCUGUGUAGCCCGGCGCGAGAUAUGGAUGCCACUUACCACGCCUGGGGACAUAGUUUGAUCACCAAUCCUAGCGCGGAAGUUCUAGUAGAGGCGGAAGAUAAAGAGACUAUCGUCUAUGCUGAUCUAGAUAAUGACACGGUUGAAGGCACGAGGAAAGCCAUCCCUGUCUAUACUCAGAGACGAUUUGACCUGUACCCAGAUGACGGCCUAUCCGAAAAUUCUCAAUCCCACGACAGCCGACCACUUCACCCAACGACAGCCGACGCCUCGUCAACCCCAUUCAAAAUGUCCAACACCGUCCAGACCGGCAAGAAGCAGCGCUCGGCCAUCGCCGAUGUCGUGUCGCGCGAGUACACCAUCAACAUGCACAAGAGAAUGCACGGUGUUUCCUUCAAGAAGCGUGCUCCUCGUGCUAUCAAGGAGAUCCGCGCUUUCGCUGAGCGUGCUAUGGGCACCAAGGAUGUCCGCGUUGACCCCGCCCUGAACAAGAAGGUCUGGGAGGCCGGUGUCAAGGGCGUUCCCUACCGUCUCCGUGUCCGCAUCUCUCGUAAGCGUAACGACGAGGAGAAUGCCAAGGAGAAGCUCUACUCCACCGUCUAUGCCGUCAACGUCAAGGACGCCAAGGGUCUUCACACCGCUGUCGUUGACGAGGAGUAA